AUGAGCAACAAUAAUGCUACAACAAAUGUUACUGGAGAUCAAUUUAUUCGUACAUUAGCUCAAUUCAUCCGAGCCAACGAACGUAAAAUAACUAUGCAAAACCUACAACAACAGUCUUCUUCAGGUCAUUUAUUGGGUACUCGAAUGUCAGAAAAUAGUUUAGGAAAUGGUUAUGGUAUACCAAGUUUCUGGUCUUUCUCUACUGCUCUUGCAAGUUCUUACAUGAAAUCUCCAACCUCGCCUGUUUCAACAACUCCAACUUCUCCCGUUAGCCCUAUAGGCAAUAAUAAUUCAAAAAGGCCUGUAUUUGUUACACUUGAUCCCCAUCACUUAUACUAUUUAUUGGCAAGAUUUAACGAUAUAGGGCUUGAUAUUGGUGUCUUUGAAGCAAUUAUAAAUUUUGAUAAUAAAGAUAUGGAUUUUGAUGUUAAUGACUCAUCAUUGGAAACUGCGUCAAUUACCUCAAUCAAUUCAAUCAAUUCAAUAUCAUCUGCCAUGUCUUCAUUAUCCUUAUUCUCGGGUUGGCAAGGUUGGACCAAUGCAGCUCAAAAAAAUGAAAACAUACCAAUAAAAAGUGAGGUUUACUACAUUUACAAAAGUUUCACUAAACUCACCAAUUUAAAACUUAAUUCUACAAUUAAUAAUAAAAGAAUUGAUGGUUUUGGCACCCACAAUAAUAACGAUGACAAUUUUAGAGUUGGUAUUGAUGGCGUUGGUUGGCCUUUAACUGCUACAUUGUCAAUAACCCUGUUUAAAAACUUGACAAAUUUAGAAAUUUAUGGAUUAUCACCAAAAGUUUUUGAUGGUUGGGACGUUGUACAAGAGAAAUUGGAAAUAUUAACUUUAACUAAAAGCCCAAUUGAUGACAUUACUGAAUUAUUUAUUGAUCUGCCACUCAUAUAUCUUACAAAAUGUACACAUAUAGAUCUAUCGAACAAUCUGCUGAUUGAAAUUCCGUCCGGAUUAUCACAAUUGUACAAUUUACAAUGUUUGAAUCUUAGUAAUAACAUGAUUGAAACAAUAACUGGUAUUUACAAAAUACUUGGUAAUGUAACAAAAUUGGAUUUAAGAUCUAAUCGAAUAGAGAAUUUAUGUGGUUUGGAAAGGUUAUAUUCAUUGGAGUAUGUUAAUAUUAGAGAAAAUCAAUUGAUUGAUUGGGCUGAAGUUACUCGAAUGACUGAACUGCCUGAGAUAAGACAAAUUUGCGUUGAUGGUAAUCCAUUCACGGAAUAUGAGACUAAUUAUAGGAUUAAUAUUUUUAAAGCAUUUAAAGAAAACAAUAAAGAUAUUAUUUUGGAUGGGAUGACACCUACUUAUUAUGAGAAAAGAUAUCUCCCAUCAUCACCAGUUACGUCAAACCAAAAAAUUCCUGUUGCCAUUCCAAGCCCUGAAGGUCUUUUGUCCAAUACCAAUAGUUUAAAUAACGAGCAGCAGCAGCAACAACUACAACAUAAUAAUAAUAAUCAUUUACCAGUUAUAAAACAUAAAAAAUUUCAUAAAAGAAUUGUUAAUUUAGAUGAAGAUCAUGAUAAUCGUGAUAACGGUGACAAUAAUACUCAUAAUGACGAUAAUAAUGAUUUAACAGCGACAAAACAUCGAGUUGUUGAAAUUGAAAAGGCACAUGACCCUAAUUACAAACCAAAGAAAAAAUUGGUGAAAAAAGGUCAAAACACCGUAUCAAUUUUCUCAUCACCGUCAUCAUCAACAGCUAUAGAAGAUGUGGACACAAAAACAAAAAAAAAAACAUCAUCAUCACCACAUAGUGACUCGGAAACUAUUUUGUCAUCUAAGGUUAAUGAUGGGGUAGACUAUAGAAAGAAAAUUGAAGAGUUACGUAACGAAGGCGGAUCUUCUUGGCUGACUACAAAGAUUAGAAAAUUUACGACCAAAGCUAUCGCCGAACAAGUUAUAGUUGCCAUUUAUUAA